AUGGGGGAUCAGUUACGCAACGCAGGCCCUCCGUUGUUGGAGGAGUUGAACCCGCACCACGGGGAUGUUGACGCAGCUCAGCCCGGCCCAGACAACGCACGCGACGAAGUUGCCAAGGGCGGUGGAGUUUUCUCUUCGUUGAAGAGUGGGCAGAAGGUUGCACCUGCUAAGCCAUUGCUUGCCGCUUUUCUCCUGCUACUGGUGUCGGGGGUUCUUUUCCGAGCGUCCAGCAGGUGGAGCACCCAAAGAUUGUGUUCACACAAAUUGAACUGUCGUGAAUCGAACUCCCAGGAAGACUGGACACCGCUAUAUCUGGAUGAUGGCAGCAUACAGAAGUACUUGGAUGAUUUUAAUAAGGCAGCGGAAGAGAUGAAAGACGCCUGGCAAUCGUCAAAACCACCAGUGCGACGAGCUUUUCAGAUACACUUCACACCAUCGCUUAACGACGCUCAAGUGCCCUCUGAAGAUCCGCUGGCAACUAUCAACGACCACGUCUCCAGAAUGCGAGAAUGCAAAAUUCCAUCUGACUCUUCUGUUGAGGCGAGGAAGGACUUCGCUCAACACCUGCACCUUCUACGGAGUCUUUGCCGCGCCGUCACGCUUCGGCUAGAGGAGUUGAAGUGGUUAGCACAUGUGAGCCAGGAAUUUGGCUUGCCUAUCUCGUUUCCUGGCUACGACCAGCCCUCUAGACAUCCUGGUCUUGAAGAUGCUAGCGACAGCUUCGGGUUUGGGAUGCGGGCGGUUGAUUUUUUGGGCUCCCUCGAGCUGGUUGGCGGCGAACGCACGCAGGCAGUGGAUGGAACGGUAGCCAAAGAACUCAUAUAUCACUUGCUUGUUGAUAACAAACAUAAUUUGUACAAUUUGGUUGCUCGAUGUUAUUUCGAGCCUUUUCUUCAACCUUUCGGAGGAAACGACGCCUUCCACACCUAUCGUUCCACAGCCAGUUAUCAAAUUCCAUAUACUGGCAAGUCCUUUCAAACUGGAGCCCUUGCACACGCAGCGGCGCGUAUAUUCCGUGAGUCCGAUAGCACUACAAAUUACGCAAACGUUCGAAAGUUGCAUCGAAUUGCGGAUAACUGGACGCCCAAACGAGUACUCAAAGCCAUGAGGCAGCAAGAAAAAGAAAAUGCCUACAAUUUCCAAAGGCAGUUGAACAAUAAGAGAGAACAAAUGCGAGUGCUCCUAAGGGAAGGCAUGCCAAACGACGAUCUCGUAAUUAAUGCAUUAUUCCUUUUGUAG